CGCAGCAAUGCCCCCGUCACAGCUCAAACAGCUCAAAUCCUCCCUUCGGGAUGGUGGGCUGCUGGGUCCCCAGCAGUCCAAGAAGCAGAAGCGCCAGAAUGCGAAAUCCGGAGCUAGUGCGCAGAGUCGCAUCCAGCGCGAUUCCGCCCUGCAGGCCAUUCGCGAUCGGUUCAAUCCUUUCGAAAUCAAGACCACUUCCCGGGCCAAGUUCGAUGUGACGACGCGGGAUAAGGCGCCGAAGUUGACGGCGAGCCAAGCGAGACCGGGUGUGACGAAGUCUCUUGGUGAAGAAAGGAGACGUCAAACCCUUCUGCGGGAGAUGGACCGCAAGAACAAAGUCGGUGGUAUCCUGGAUCGCCGUUUCGGUGAGAAUGAUCCCACGAUGACGCCGGAGGAGAGGGCCGCCGAACGGUUCGCCAGAGAAAGUCAGAAGAAGUUGCGGAAAGAGUCCAUGUUCAACCUGGAGGAGGAUGAGGAUGAGUUCCAGCUUACACACGGAGGUCAGUCCCUAUCGCUUGAUGGCGCCAACAUCGGAGACGAUUUCCAGGAGCGUGAUAUGGACGAAGACGAGGAUUCCGACUCCGAACUCUCCCGCAAGAGAAAACGGGCGUUUGCGGACGAGGAGAACGAUGGACCGGAAAUCCUGGACGAAGAUGAGGAAGGGGAAGAGCUGCCUGAACGGAAGAAAUCCAAGCACGAGGUCAUGAAAGAGGUCAUCGCCAAGUCCAAGUUCCACAAACUCGAGCGGCAAAAAGCCAAGGAGGACGACGACGAUCUUCGAGAGGAGCUUGACAAAGGUCUCCCAGAUCUUUUUGAAAUGCUACGGGGCGUGCAGCCUCCACCGAAGCCGGAGACUCCCAAGGAUGACCUUGCAUCGAUGAACCCCGAGCGUGCGGCACUUCUGGCUGGAAAUUCUCCAGAGGAUCCCGAAAGCCAGUACGACCAGCGCUUGAAGCAGUUGACCUUUGAUAAGCGGUCUCAGCCCACGGACCGUACAAAGACUGCAGAGGAGAAGGCCGAGGAAGACGCCCAACGGCUGAAGGCCCUGGAAGCUGAACGACUUCGACGAAUGCGCGGCGAUGAGCCCAGCGAGGACGAAGAUGAGGACGAAGAGGAAGAGAGCGAAGGUGAGGGGGAUGGCAGCGCUGAAUCGGACGAGGAGUCUUUGCCGGACGAUGCUAAGGCCUUUGGAUUGCAGCUGCCGGCGGAUCAGACUAACACUCGCCCUGAACUUGCGGUCGAAGAUGAAGACGACUUCGUCAUUGAUGACGACCUUGUUGAAACAAGGUCCGACGUCAGUCUAUCAUUCAUCGAAAGCGAUUCAGAAAUGGAAUCCGAAGAGGAAUCGGAAGACGAACAAGACCCACAGGAAGAUGAGCUCAUCAAUGGACUUACUCUCCCCGAACACAAGUCCGGCGAUAUCGCCGGGGCAUCCAACGACACCGAGGAGCCCAGCAACGGACUGGCCUACACCUAUCCGUGUCCGGGCAGUCACGAAGAGUUCCUCCAGAUCAUUGAGGCCGUGUCAAUUCAAGAUCUUCCCACCGUUGUCCAGAGAAUUCGUGCCCUGCAUCACCCCCGUCUUCACAAGGACAAUAAGAUGAAGCUUGGCCGUUUCGCGGGAAUCCUCGUCGAGCACGUCUCAUACAUGGCCGAUCAACCCGAACACCCUCCAUUUGCCGUGGUGGAAAACAUCCUUCGUCACAUCCACUCCCUGGCAAAGACCCAUCCCGACAAUGUCUGCCAGGCCUACCGCGCCCGUCUCCGCCAGAUCGCCACGGACCGUCCGCUCAACCUCCGUCCCAGCGAUCUCAUUAUCCUAACUGGCGUCGCCACCAUCUUCCCGACCUCGGAUCACUUCCACGCCAUUGCGACUCCGGCGCAUCUCUGCCUUGCGCGGUACCUGGGUCAGGGUGCCGUCAGCACGCUGGCCGACCUCACGACGGGCACCUACGCGGCAAGCUUAUUCCUCCAGUACCAGACGGUCUCCAAGCGGUACAUGCCGGAGUUCAUCAACUUCACCCUCAACACCCUCUGCCAUCUCAGUCCCAAAGAGCCCAGCGAGAGCCUUGGCUACUUUCCCUCCCGGAGCCCUGCAACAUCGCUCCGACUGACCUCCUCCAAGCCCGUCUCCUCUCGAAAGCUCCAGUUCUGGGACAUGACCGAUCUGUCUUCCACCACCACCACCACCACCACCACCAUCACCACCACGCACGAAGAAACCAAGCUCUCCCUGAUCACCACCCUUGCCACCCUCCUCGGCACUGCAUCGGACCUAUGGACGGACAAGUCCGCCUACACGGAGGUCUUCGAGCCCGUGCAGAAAGUCCUCAACCACCUCACCCGCUCCUGCAAGGGCAAGAUCUCCCCCGCAGCCCGGCAAAUCCUCCAAGCCACCCUAGACAAGAUCACCGGACAGCUUCCGCAGGCGCGCGCGGCGCGUCGCCCGCUCCUUCUGCACAACCACCGCCCCCUCGCCAUCAAGACCGCCAUCCCCAAAUUCGAGGAGUCUUUCAACCCCAACAAGCACUACGAUCCGGAUCGCGAGCGCGCCGAAAGCAACCGCCUCAAGGCCGAGUACAAGCGCGAGCGCAAGGGUGCCAUGCGCGAGCUGCGCAAGGACGCCAACUUCAUCGCCCGCGAGAAGCUGCGCGAGAAGAAGGAGCGCGAUGCCGAGUACGAGAAGAAAUACAAGCGGCUUGUCGCGGAGGUGCAGAACGAGGAGGGUCGCGAGGCCAAUGCCUACGAACGAGAGAAGAGGAUGCGUCAGGGCAAGCGGUAAUCCGCCCCCUUCUCUCGCUUGUCUGUCUUCUCUCUUGGCUCGCGCCAUACGAUCGCUUCUUGGUUACUUUACAUGUUCUUUUCUGCGUGCGGGUUCUUGCUGGUCUGUGGGUUUCAAAUCAUUCUUGUCCUUAAACUUUGUCGUAUAACGCUUGAUAGAUGUAUGUAUAUAUCCG